UCAGGUUUUGUAGUUCUGGGGCAGUAGAUCGCGCUACCUCGGAAGUACAAUGUCCUAGUUCAAAAAGGAAGCUACACGUCGCUAGUAUGGCAACAGGCGCGGAUCAAGCGGUGGGGAUGGGGCUGGUGGGCUUCAGCCUUCUACUGUUCACAUAUUACACCAUCUGGGUCAUAGUUCUGCCCUUUGUGGAUAGUGACCAUGUGAUCCACGACUACUUCCUGCCCAGAGAGUACUCUGUGAUUUUACCCGGCGUGGCGGCACUUAUCCUCAUUCUCUUCGUGGGAACCUUCAUAGGAGUGGUGACGUGGAAGAACCGCAAGCCAAAGAAGUCGGAUUAGGGUGCAGAGUUCCUGGGGUGCGGGGUGGAAAGGGGGGGGGGGGUUAUGGGCAGGUAAUGUGAGUAGCAGACCAAAGCACUUUGACCAUUCCAGGAUGCUGCACAAAAACGCAAACUCAGUACAGUCUGAAACCGGUCCUUUAGUGGAUGUCAUUGACAGCUGUACCACAACAGUAAUAACAGACCGUUGUGCUGGCACACAAACUGAGCCAUCCAAUCGCUGUGCGGUACUGUUGCUUGGCAGCAGCACACCUAGGCCAAAUCCAUAAAUACCUUAACACUGGUAAAAAAAUUUCAGAAGCACUCCUGCAGGUUUCAAGAGGAUUUUCAGCAAAAUGUGGUACCCCGCAAAAUGUCCAAAUGUAUGAAACAGUUUUCUUAUGAAUAUUGGGAAAUGUAGAUGUUUAUGUUAAAAUUGGCGGCAUUACACCUGCAGGAAUGUUACUGAUGUCUAAAUGGGUGAAUAAUUUUCAGAAAAAUUUGUGACAUAGGUUUGGGAAGCAGUAGGCCUACAGUCUAUUGGUCAGUUCACACCCUGCAUCCCUCUAUGCCUGUGAGUGAUGUUUUAAGUGCAGUGUAAAUAACUCAUGCACCUUAGCAUACUUGCAAACCUUUAGUUCAGCGUUUAUAGGAAAGCUGCAUGGAGUUGCACAGUGCUUUAAAUACUGCAUAGUUUCCUAGCACAGGAACCUGACACCUGAGAACCCAGAGUAUACAAUGACUGUAUUUGAACUCGCUUUCAACGCCCUUGUAAUCCGGCUGUGAUGAUGUUCAGGGAGAUAGCUGCAAUAGUCAGAUUGUAAAUAUUUAUUUUUGCAACAUUUGCAAAGCUAAAAAAAACCACACAUUCACACACAUUGAUCUGUUGUCUCACAUUUGCAAAAUUGUAAAAAUGCUGUAAGAACUGGUUGUAAAAUAUCUGAAUAAAAAUUUUGCACAAAAGCAAGAAGGGAUUUGGAGAGAUUCCCCAAAAAUAGGCUGUGGUGUAAAUUAGCAUGACCCGCUGUUUCAAAUUCAUUGUUCAGAAUUUUGCACAGAUGGCAAUAAAGUAAUUGUUUACAACAUCUGAAAUGAAUAUAGUUUUGUAUUUUCAUGUACACUGUGUAUGAAGAGUAAUUGAAUGAAUGAAUAAAUACAUACCAGAAUU